AAACAAUGGGCGAAACCGAUGAGAAGGAAACUGCGCCAUCAGCGGCAACAACAAACGAUACGCAAAAACCGGAAACACCUCAACCGAACGUGGACGGACCGGAGCUAGAGGCGAAGGAGACGGAAAAACUGCUCGGCAACACGCCCACCGAAGAGGAGCCGGAAAAGCGUUCACCACCACCAGCGACACCGACCGCUACCGGUGCUGAAGAUAAGCCACAGACGAAAGCGAGCAGCGAAAAUGUCGCCAACGGUGAGGAAAUUAUCAACAUACCGGAGGAAGUGGUCAAUGGUGAAGGGAAGAAGGAUACGGAUGAGGGGAAGGAAGGCAAAACGGACAAACCGAACAAGGUGCAGGCGGAGGAGCGUGAGGUAAAGCCGAAAAAGGUACCGGCCGGAGCCUUUAAGCUGCCCGGCUUUUUCAACAAGAACAAGGACAAACCGAAGGAAGCGGACGGUGCGGACAAUGAGCUGCUGGAGAAGAAUGGUGCGGAGAAUGGUGGUGAGGGUAAGGAGGGUACCAAGACAGCGGGUGACGAAAGUAAGACGGGCGCGGAGGACAAACCGAAGCGGACAGCGGGAGGAUUCUUUGCUAAUCUGAAGCUGCGGAAUCCGUUCGCCAAAAAGCCGACGGAGGCUACCGGAGAGGCCGGUGAUAAGAAUGCGGAAGAGGAGGAAAAGGAUGAGGUGACGGCAGAGGCAACGGAUAAGCCGAGCGUUGGUGAGGAAGUAGGUGGUGACGCUGCGGAGGAGAAAAAGCCGGUCGAUGAUGAGCCGGAAGUUCAGGCACCGAGAAAAGGCUUGUUGGAGGCGCUCCGUGUCCCACUGGCUAGCAUUAUCCCGAAACGAUUCAAACCGGUGGCAAGCGGUGAUCCGGAAGAUGACAUCGAGCUUGGCAAGACACCGAAAAAUAGGGCCGGAUUGGCAUCGAUGGAAACGUUGGAUGAUUCACUGAAGGACGCAGAUACGAAGGAUACGGUCGAUAAGCCGGGUGUGAAUGGGACGGAUGGGGAGGCGCUGGUGAAGCCCGAAGAUAAGGAAGCGAAGGAUAAGGCGGCCGAGGCGGAAGAGGAUGCGCAGGAGCGUAGUUUGCUGCAGCGGGUACAGUCCUACCGGUGCUCAGUUGAUGAUAUCGCGAUCAUCGCUGGUGUGGUGAUCUUCCUGAUCCUAGUCGCACUGAUAAUCGCCUUUACCUUCGUCGGCAAAACCGAACCCAUCACGGCACCGGUGCGCGAUGGAAAGUACAUCGAGACUGUGACGAAUUGUGGCCGUGUCGAGGGUAUCCUCGAGGAUGGUUCAUUCGCUUUCCGUGGCAUUCCGUACGCUGUGCCUCCGGUGGGUCCGAAUCGUUGGAAGGCGGCGAAACCGGUCGAACGUAUCGAACAUUGCUGGAAUGGAACGUUGAAGGCACACAACUCUACACCUGUUUGCUGGCAGAUCUACGCCGAUGGGAAGGUCGAUGGUGCUGAGGAUUGUCUCACACUGGACGUUAUUACUCCACACGUACGCUACGACAAUCCGCUGCCGGUGGUUGUUCUGAUUGGAGCGGAAUCCUUCACUGGUGACUCACCGGGAAAACUACGUCCUUCCACCCGUUACGCCCGCGCGCGUGAUGUUAUCUUCGUGCGGCCAAACUUCCGCUUGAAUGUGUUCGGUUUUCUGGCACUGGAGCAGCUCACCAAGAACACUCACCCACCGACUUCCGGUAACUAUGGACUUACCGAUUUGAUUGUUGCUCUCAAGUGGAUUCAGCUAAACAUCCCUCACUUCGGUGGUGAUCCGAAAUCCGUUACGCUGUUCGGACAUCGUGCCGGUGGCACCAUUGUGACCGCUCUCGCCUCCUCCAACAAGACAACGAAACUGUUCGCACGUACCUGGAUUUCAUCCGGUGCAUCCAUUUUCCCCGGCAAACCGCUGGCUGAUUCGGAAAAGGAAAACGCACUGUACAUGAGCAAGAUCCGCUGCGAGGACACGAACUGUCUGAUGGAGAAGGAAGACGAGGACAUACUGGAUGCGGUCCCGGAUGUGUGGCGCCGUACCUUCCCGGAUCUUCCAGCUGCGGACGAAAACGCCACCGCCCGCCACGAAUGGCUUGUUCUGGACGGUAACAUUAUGCAGCAACAUCCAGCCGACGUGUGGAGUGCGGACGUGUCCAACCAUGUGCGGUAUGUGAUCGGUUCGACGACGCAUGAAGCGCAUAACACAAAGCUUCAUCUGAAGUACACGGAAUGGACACCGGAACUAGUAACGCGUCACGUCAACGAAAGCAUUGUCGGUAAGCUUGGUCUCACCGAGGAAGCGCUCCGUCGGUAUAACGCUACCUACCAAGGACUUGUCGCGAUGGUUUCGGACAUUCGUACCAUCUGCCCACUGCUAACGAUCACGCAGAAGCUGCAAAGUUCUCAAUUUUACGUCGUAUCACAAACGGGUGGUGAACUAGCCAUCGCUGAUGUCGAUUCCGACGUGCAAGCUAUUCUUGGUCGUUACGAACCAAAAACGCCGGAACAGCGGCGAUACGUUUCGGCAAUUCAACAACUUUUCUACCAUUACGUGUCGCAUGGUGAGAUCAAGCACGAGCUACGGAAAAAGCUGCUCGACGUUGGGCAGGAUGCGCUGCCAACGUACAAUACCGAUAACUGCCUGUUCUGGAUCAAGAACGAUGUGGUGCCGCGUUACGCAAGGUUAGAUUAA